UGUGACCACAGCCUGGGUCCCCACCCAGCGUGAUGAGGGUUGAAAGGUAGUAGCCCAGGCUGGCCUGUAAUCGGGGCCAACUUCCUGGAGGAGGUGGCACAGGAGGUGCCACACUGGUGGCACAUCCUGAGUGUGAAGGAUGAAAAUGGGACUGGACAGCAGGGGUGCUCAGGAUCCAGGCCAGAUGCAGGAGGGGAUGGAGCACACAGGUGUGGGCUGUUCAUUAUCCCCCACCCAUGGGGACACCCUGGAAGGGUCAUGAAAGAGUCCCCAGCGUGUUGCUUCCUUUGAAGGCAACUAGUAAACUGAGCAAAAAACAGCUGAGCAUCCAACCAGGUGACUCAUGGCCCACCACCUCCCCCUAAGCCCUGGAGAAGGAUCAUUUCACAAAUAUUAACGGAGCACUUGCAGUGCACCAGACGCUAUCCUAGCCACUGGAGAUAGAGCGGUGAACAAACCAGACAUACGGACCUCUCGGGGCUGAGGUUCUGGCUGAAUUCUGCUGAACUUGUAAUGUGCCCUGUCGGGAGGUGGUGGUGGCCCCCAGCCCGCAGGCCUUUACUCCCCGCGGGGAUGGGAAGGUCUCAAGGCAGCAGUAAGAGUCUGUUCGAUCUCAGAACCCCCUUUUGGUGCCUUGCUCUACGUGAGGCCACAGGCAGCACUCGCUCUGGCUGGAGGAGUCAGGCACCUGAGGGUACCCGCCUGGCACUUAGCAGUCUUGCUAUAGCCAGACGCUAAACACAGGACUUGGCAUGCAAUAGUUGCCCUAUAAGUAGUGGCACCUUUGUGGUUCCGAGGGUGCGGCUAACUGUCCAGGUUUGGCGGGAAAGGUGGAGUAGGACCCGGCGCCUGGAUGGCGGGUCCCAGGAGCCAGCGAAGUUGAUGUGCGCACGCUCCUCCUCCUCCCGGGAGAGGUCCCACCCCUGGGGCCCUGGCCUCGCCCCCUGCGCCCUUUCCGGCCCCGCCUCUGGUGCGCGCGGCCAGCUGAGCCCCGGGAGCGGCGGUGAUCGCGGCUGCAACAGCAUGACUUUGGAGGCGAUCCGCUACUCGCGGGGCUCACUACAGAUCCUCGACCAGCUACUGCUGCCCCAGCAGAGCCGCUAUGAGGCGGUGGGCUCGGUGCGCCAGGCCUGGGAGGCCAUCCGCGCUAUGAAGCAGGUGCGCGGCGCCCCAGCCAUUGCGCUCGUGGGCUGCCUCAGCCUCGCCGUGGAGCUGCAGGCGGGCGCCGGGGGACCCGGACUUGCCGCGCUCGUGGCCUUCGUGCGCGACGCGCUGAGUUUCCUUGUCACCGCCCGGCCCACCGCCGUCAACAUGGCCCGCGCCGCCCGAGACCUGGCCGACCUCGCAGCCCAGGAAGCGGAGCGGGAGGGCGCCACGGAGGAGGCGGUCCGAGAGAGAGUGAUCCGCUGGACUGAGGACAUGCUGGCAAAAGACCUCCGGGACAAUCGGAGCAUCGGGGACCUGGGAGCCCACCACCUCCUAGAGCGGGCAGCACCCCAGGGCGGCAAGGUGAUCGUGCUGACCCACUGCAACACUGGUGCACUGGCCACUGCUGGCUAUGGCACAGCCCUAGGUGUGAUCCGCUCGCUGCACAGCCUGGGCCGUCUGGACUAUGCCUUCUGCACGGAGACCCGGCCCUACAACCAGGGAGCCCGGCUGACGGCCUUUGAGUUCGUCUACGAGCAGAUCCCCGCCACCCUCAUCGCCGACAGCAUGGCGGCAGCCGCCAUGGCCCACUAUGGAGUGUCAGCUGUCGUCGUGGGAGCUGACCGCGUGGUUGCCAAUGGCGACACGGCCAACAAGGUGGGCACCUACCAGCUAGCCAUCGCCGCCAAGCACCACGGCAUCCCCUUCUAUGUGGCUGCCCCCAGCUCCUCGUGUGACCUCCACCUGAAGACGGGCCGCGAGAUCAUCAUCGAGGAGCGUCCUGGCCAGGAGCUGACCCACGUCAAUGGGGUCAGGAUUGCGGCACCCGGAAUUGGGGUUUGGAAUCCUGCCUUUGAUGUCACCCCCCACGACCUCAUCACUGGCGGCAUCAUCACAGAGCUGGGUGUCUUUGCCCCUGAGGAGCUCCGGGCAGCCCUAGGUGCCACGGUCACCCUAGGUGGACCCCAGAAGUAACCAACCUAGCUGUCCAUAUCCUGCCCCCAUUAUUUUUAUAAUAAACUUAUUGAAUGGCCUGCCCAAAA